AGGCGGCAUCGCUGCGGUUGUGAGUAGUGACACUGAGGCAUUGUGAUCUGUGGAUCUGGCGAAACAAAUAAGAGCAGACGCCUUAUGCGCAUAAUGCAUCCAUAAAUCACGAAGUGUAUUCAUUUACUCCGAGGACAGGAAAGUACUAACGUUCAUUCGCUUUGGCACGACGGUUCAUCACUUUAGGCAGAACGGUUGCACUUCGCAUUACGAAAAUGAUCGCACGAGGAUGCGCUGGUCUCGUGGUGCUGGUGAAUUUUGUCUUCUCAGUGCCUGUCUCCCCAGGUCACAUGGAUGAUAAGGAUGUGAAGGUGAUGAAGUGUAUUGUGGAAGUAAUUGCGGAUGCUCUGUCCAAGCCUCAUUCCAUCCCAGUGUCCCAGGACUGCCUUGAAACCCUCAGCUCUGAUGACAGGCUUGUGAGCAUCCUGCGCCACAGAAACUUUCUCAGAGAGAUGCAAGAUAUCGCUAUGGAAGGAGCCAGUGAGAGAGCACAGAAACACCCAGGAGACACACCUUAUCAUGUGACCAGCCUCCCUAAAGAUGUGAAGAAAACUGCAGAUGAUCAGUCAAUGUUGGUUGCCUUGGAGAAGCCAGAAGAAGAUGCAGAGAAGAGAGGAGCAGGAGAGGAGAGCUCCAGGGAGAGUGAGGAGACAGAGCAGGAGUCUAAAAAACGGAACCAGAUUGCUGAGGAAGAGGAGCGUGAAGAAGACGAGAGUCCUAGCAAUCACAUCUCCAGCUCUGUAAACCCAGAGAAGAAAAGAGAGUCACAGGCUACAAUAAGGGAUGAAGAUAAACAGGAGGAGAAGAAACUCUCCAGCUUGGAAAAGGAGGAGGAGGAAAACAAUCCGGCUCGCCAUAAAGAUGGGGCAUCAACCACAGAUGAUCUCAUAGCAAAUCCCAAUGUAAAACAAUCCAUCUUGGAGGACAGAGAGGAGCACAAGGAAGCUGAAACGGAGAGAACACAUUCAAAAGAAGAGCAGGAAGAAGAGGAGAAGAAGAGGAGAGAGGUUGGAGUGAAGCGCUGGAGUCACGUGAGCAAACUGUCCCACAAGAGAGCAGAGGCAAGCCCAAAACUAGAUGAGCACUGGGAAGCGCCACACCACUCUAAGGAGAGAGAAGAUCAGGAGGGGGAGCUGUGGAGGAGCCCAGAGGAGCAGGAGCUGCAGCUCAUGGCACGAACUGAACCACAGGACAAAAGAGAUGAAGAGGGCAGCGGCAGCAGGAAGACAGGGGAUGCUGAGAUCGAGAGUCUGGCUGCCAUCGAGUCUGAACUAGAAAGUGUGGCUCAGAAACUUCACGAUCUGAGACGAGUUUGAGCCGCUCCAGCUCUCCUUCUCUUUCCACUCUGCCCUUCAUCUCUCCUUCAGUAGAAAGGCAUGUUAACUUGAGAUGAGGCUCUCACCUUCUUGCUCAGUCCACAGCAGCGCAAGCUCUUAUCUCAACGCCGCAGAUUCUCUGCUCAUUCCCUCCACGUGUAAUAUGAACCUCAAAGCGACUCCUCUGGUGUCAAACAUUAAGGUCUUGAGUCAGAUCGCUUCUUUUCCCAGCUUGUCCGCUUCGCUUUAUCGUGCUUGCUUCCUGAAGAAAUUUGGGCACUGAGUACAUAUAUAAUGUAAAAUAUUUGCUAAAAACUACCCAGAAUUAUCACACUAGGUUGAAAUUUUAAUAUACACAAGGGUACAUAUCUGAAAGAUUGCACCUGAUAUAUAUGGAGUCUUAUGAUCCAUAGGCAAUAAUGUUUUUAUUUGAUAUGGUGACGACUGUAGUUAAAUGCUUUUUGGGUUUCAAGAAAAAUAAAGUUCAAUAAGAAGUGUUUCAAACUGA